AUGCCUUCACCGUUGGCGCUUGUGGCGCUGCUGCCGCUCACUUGGCUUGCGAGCUGCGAGCCUAGGACAUCGUUCCCCUUCAACGCACAGCUGCCGCUAGCUGCGCGGAUAGACCACUUCUUUUCUUAUUCGUUUUCGCAGUACACUUUCCAGUCCGACUCGAAAACAAUCACGUACUCUCUGGGCCACCAUCCCAGCUGGCUGUCUAUCGAGAGUCGACGCAGGCGCUUGUACGGCACCCCGAGAGACGGAGACGUUCCGCCAGGAGACGUGGUCGGGCAGACCGUCGACAUCAUUGCGACUGAUGAUGCGGGAUCAAAGACUAUGAAUGCCACCCUGGUGAUUUCCAGACGGCCCGCCCCCGAAGUCCGUAUUCCUGCCCAGGAUCAAAUGGCCAAGUUUGGCAAAUUCUCUGCGCCAUCGUCCAUCUUGUCAUAUCCCGCCGCCGACUUCAAUUUCUCCUUUGACCGGAACACCUUUAGCAUGGCCGGGCUGAACUAUUACGCCGUUUCCGCAGAUAGCAGCCCCUUGCCAGCAUGGAUCCAGUUUGAUGCGCAGUCGUUGUCUUUUACCGGGCGAACACCGCCGUUUGAGUCUCUGGUUCAGCCGCCGCAGACCUUUGACUUCCGCCUCGUUGCUUCCGACAUCGUUGGCUUCUCGGCCUCGUCGCUCAAGUUCUCCAUUGUCGUGGGCAGCCACAAGCUUACCACUGAGCAGCCGAUUAUAGCGCUCAAUGCCACGCGAGGCACCGCCGUCACCUAUGAUGGCUUCAAACACGCCAUCAAGCUCGACGGGAAACAGGUAUCGCCGCGCGACCUGGCCGUGACCACCAAGGACAUGCCGAGCUGGCUGUCGUACGACGGCAAGACAGGCAGAGUCCAAGGUACACCCAAGGAUGGUGAUGAUGCAGCCAAUUUCACCAUUUCCUUCAGUGACAGUCUUUCAGACAAACUGGAUGUUUUGGUGGUCGUCAAUGUGGCCACUGGCCUCUUUGACUCGACCUUUGAAGAUAUGCACAUUAGGCCUGGCAGCAAUCUUGACUUGGACUUGACCAAGCACUUCAAAAAUCCUGCCGACAUUGCCGUCAGGGUGUCGACCAACCCCACCGAGGACUGGCUCAAGGUGAACGGGCUCAGGCUCUCGGGUCGGGCGCCCACGACUUCAAGGGGCGGCUUCAAAUUGACCAUCGACGCAUUGUCAAAGAGCUCGGGCCUCAGCGAAAGCGAAGGCAUCAAUGUGUACUUUCUCGUCCUUGAUGGGACGACGACCACAGUUCCUUCGGCUUCAUUCACGGCUGCCACAACGACGCUGGCCACUGGUACUGGCGUCUCUAACAAUAAACAGACUCACCCUGGACACAUGACCACAGGAGAAAUUCUACUGGCAACCAUCAUCCCGGUGAUAUUCGUCGCAAUUCUACUGAUUGUGUUUGUGUGCUACUUCCGUCGCCGUCGUUCCGGACAGGGAUACCUGGGCAGCAAGUACCGCUCAAAGAUCUCACAUCCCAUCCGCCGUCAUCUGACAGCGGACCGCUCAGACCCGUCGAUGGGAGAAGCCACUGCCAUGGGCGCUUUUUUGCACACAGAAACGGAAGUGCUCAAGCCUGCCAAAUCGGCAUUUGCGGAAGAAAGCUCGCCCAUAUCCUCUCACAGAAGGAGUUCAGAAACUCUAGGUGACCUCUCGGCUUCUGGGAUACCGCGGAGCAUCAUGGUCAACGCCGCCCGGACAACCACCAUCCGCAGCGUCAGCAACGUCACCAGCGAAGACGGAAGACAAUCGUGGGUCACCAUUGACGGCGCCCACGGCGGCGUGGCCCAGAGCGAUAGAUCAUCACAGUCCGACGUGGCCUUCCCCCAGGCCACCCGCCAACUGUUCCCGGGCGCAGACUAUGUGCCGGGGCGGGAUACGGGACUGGAACUUGGCCUCCCGACUCUUGAGGAACUGCCCAGCCUGCUGCCAACUCCCCUCUUGGCGUACGAUUCGAGGUCGCCAUUUUCACAUGACAACCUCGGCCACGAGUCCGAAAUGACAUCCGGCUCGGCGGCCGUCCCCGCCCAACAUAGCCACCAGGACACCACGGCUUCCUUGACAAAAUGGCCCACCCAGUCGACGGCCAUUGUCGACGGCUCGGAAGCGAACUGGGUGGCACUUGAGGAAAGCGAGGCAGGCGGAAGCAUAUUCGAGAUACGCAGACCCGAUGCCGCGGCAGUCAAGCCGGCCCGGCCCUGGAACGAAGCCGGCUCCCAAGACGGGGGCAAGAGUGUCACCACAGAAGUGUCGUUCGCGUCCUCCGAGAAUUGGCGCGUCAUAGGCCGCCUCAGCCCGAGCAAGACGGAGCGGUCGUGCAAGGAGGCGGGCGCCGACAUUUCGUUGCAGCGUCCACGGCCGAGCGCCUCUCGGGAAGUUGCGCAGCAAGGAGGCCACGAACCUGGCGCCGGGCCGGCAUCGUCUUGUAAGAAGGGGCAUGUCCCGUCGCCGCCGGCCUCGGGACCGCCAGCUCCGUCAACCAGCAGAGUAUCCACGAUGGGCGAUUUGGGCGGAGAGGCAACCGAUAUGUCCGGUGGAAGGGGGUUUGACGAAGCAUCCUGGAUGAGAAAUCACUCGAGCAAGAUGUCAGUCGGGAGCUUCAAGGUGUUUUUAUAG